AUGAAUCCAUCACGUAAAAUCACACGUUUUCAUUUAAAUGUUUCUGAGUCAUAUUUAACUGUUGGAGAAAUAAUGGAACAAAUACAAAAUGUUGUGAAAAUCUCCUCAGAAAAUAUGGUUGCAUGUAAAAUUAAACCAGAUGGGCAUUCCUAUUUAGUUCCAUUUAAUUCAGUUCUUGAAGGUGAUAGUCAAUUAAAUGAUUUUACGAUUCUUGAAAUACCUGAAAUUCAUCCACAACUUUUACAAAAAUUAGUUAUCGUUAUUGUAAAUUUUGUUUUUGAUGGGAAAAUUUUUGGAGAGCCUUAUAUAGCUUUAAUAUAUAGAAAUUUAACUUUUGAACAGUUAACUUUCGAAUUGAUGAAGGACGGAGCAAUUUUUCUUCCAAAACCUUAUUCCAGCAUAAAUCCCGAUUUUAAAAUUAUUAUAUUAAAUUCUGAUGGAUCUGUUUAUUGUUCUUUACAAAAUGUAGAAGGAGAUGUUAAUUGUUUGUUUCAAAACUCUGAUGGGCGUGUUUAUUAUUUUAAUCCUGAAACUAUGCAACCUUUUAUGAAUAAUCAUGUUUACAGGUAA